CCUGCAAACCCCAGGUUUUAUUUUUCUAUUCUUGUUCAGUUGUUGAAAAUCUUUGUUACUGUUAAUUAAUGCAACAAUAACAUCUUUUUUCUUGUUUGCAUUACAUUCCCAUUUUGAUGCAUUCCAUAAAGUUCAGAUUUUUCUUCUUCCCUUUUGUAUUUGCCAUGUUUUCUUGCUUUCUUGAACUGGGAUGAUUCUUGAAAGUUGUAAAAAUGCUAUCUUUAUGAAAUUUCUGGAAUAUUUACAGUAUCUUGACAGUUUUCUCAAAUGGGAUUCCUCAAAAUUUGAGGUAUUAUGGAGUAAUAAGGAAGACACUGCGCCUUUCCCCAAUCUCCUUUUGUUUUCAGUUUUUGAUACUCAAGAUUUGAGUUGGGACUUGAAAAUUAUGUAAGUUUUGAGCUUAAUUUAUACUUUACUAUAUUAGAAAUUUGUUUGUAGUGCAGUUAAAGUUUUCUUGUAUAUUUGUUGAUUUAUUUGUCCAUUUACUUACAAGAUUUUAGCUGGUUUUUUCUUAGGUAAACGUCACAUUUUCUUGCCGUGAAUUUAGGCUGGGACAAUAGUGUACUUUUGAGUAUUUUUGCCAAAUGUCAUAUUAUGUUGGUUUUGCUUAUGUUGCUGAUGUUGCUUUAUGUUGUUAUUACAAAUUAAAAGUCUAAUUUUUUGAGUCAAGUGUACAUUGAAUCUGAGGGGUAGUGGUAAGGUACAUUAUAAGAAUUUUGGAUUACAUUUGAGGUUCACUAGAUUACAAAACAUUCCAGAGAGGAUUGUGUUUAAGGUAGUAGAUACGAACCGAAUAAAGGCUUUUGUCCCAUCCAUUUUACUGGCAUUGAUGGUUUUUCGCGUUCAAAUAGCAUAAAUAAGGGGUUUCAAGGCUAUUCUGAGGGUUUUGAGAGCCAAGAAGACCUAGUGCUUUAGAAAAUGGGGCAGUAUGCACCCGUCUGGGAUCAUAAAGCAUCGGUCGAAGUGACAAAAAAUUCGAGUGGGAUGAAUCAGGUCACGCUUCGCAACCCUCAGGGUGCCUCUGUUCUGAUUAGCUUGCAUGGAGGACAAGUUACUUCAUGGCGGAAUGAUCGAGGUGAAGAGCUCCUAUUCACCAGCAAGAAGAUCUCCAAAUCUUCGAAAUCUGCACGAGGAGGAAUCUCUGUUUCCUUUCUCCAGUAUGGAAAUGGUGGAUCAGUUGGGCAACCUGGAUUUUCAAGAAACAAAAUUUGGACCAUUGAAGACGACCUGCCAUCUCUAAUAUCAUUUGAUACCCAAGGAAAAUCUUUCAUUGACUUGCUGCUCAAACCGUCAGAAGAUGAACUGAAGUUCUGUCCUCAUAACUUUGAGUUUCGCCUUCGGGUUUCUCUUGCAUCAAAUGGAAGCUUGUCCCUGAUAUCUCGCAUAAGAAACAUCACUGGCAAGCAGUUGAAAUUCUCCUUUGCUUACCAAACAUACUUUUCUGUUUCUAACAUAAGCGAAGUGCGUCUAGAAGGUUUGGAAACACUGGACUAUCGUGACAACUUGUGCCCAAAAGAACUCUUUACAGAACAAGGAGAUGCCAUAACAUUUGAGACUGAGAUCGACCGUGUCUACCAUCACUCUCCUAAUUGCAUUGCUGUUCUUGAUCAUGAAAAGAAGCGAACAUAUCUGAUAAAAAAGGAAGGGCUACCAGAUACUGUGCUAUGGAAUCCCUGGAUUAAGAAAUGCAAAGCAAUGGUGGAUCUUGGCAACGAUGAGUACAAGUACAUGCUUUGUGUUGAUGGUGCAGCAAUAGAAAGACCCAUCACUUUGAAGCCGGGAAAUGAAUGGAUGGCUCGCGUGGAGCUUAUGGUGGUACCAUCAACCCUUUCCAGCGAUGAUCUUUCGUCUUUUUGAGGUCUGGCCUAAAGCAUUUAGAAAUGGCUCUAUAGCUUAGUGGGAGAGCGUAAUCCAUUUAAACUAGUUUCCGUUUUUGCUAGACUGUUAUCGUUCGACAGCCAAAGCUUGUCAAUGGCUGUAUGUUUUGAAAGAGGGCAAGUUUUUAAACUAAAAUUGUUCCAUUUCGGCACAAUACUUAUGUUUGUGCAAUUGAAAUGAGAAAGUGAAGGAUUGAUAUAUUUUCCGUG